CGUCAGUGACUUGACAAGACAUUACCAGUGCGAUCAAAGAUACAUUCAAACUGAAAUACAAUCCGCUCGGAAAUUGUCGGGCUUUUUUACAUCCGAUUGAGAAGUUGAGCAAUGAGCGCAAUUGUUGGUACGGAGAGUAUAGUUGACAGUAGCAGCUUAAGUAUGAAGAAACCCGAUGCCUUGUGUCUGGUGUGUGGCGAUAAGGCCUCCGGGAAACACUACGGCGUACAGAGCUGCGACGGCUGCCGCGGCUUCUUCAAACGGAGCAUCCGCAGGAACCUCGACUACGUCUGCAAAGAAAAUGGCAACUGCAUCGUCGACGUUGCCCGCCGUAACCAGUGUCAAGCAUGCCGCUUCAAGAAGUGUUUGGAGGUCAAGAUGAAUAGGGAUGCUGUGCAGCACGAACGCGCUCCCCGAUGCUAUCAGUACAAGAGGGACAGUCCAGACAAUAUCAGAUUAGACGAGAAGCAGGCUUACGCACCGCUGACUGAUUUCAUGGACCGUACAAGAUUCGAGUACCCCCAGUACCCCCAAUACAGCUCUCCCGUUGCUAUGGCACCCGAGUAUGGUUACCCAGCAUUCUCCCAGCUUCAUCUUCAGCUGGCAGAGCAGCAGAGACGGAACAGUCUGUUGGCUGGCGCUGGACUGACCCCACCUACCUUGCCAAGCAACAUGAUACACAUGACCGGACUAGCCAACGGGAUUCCUCCACAUAUUCCUCCAAUGCCAUCCAUGAACGAGAGCAUCAGUAGCAGCAACAGCAGUCACACAGAGAGCGACGAUGACGUGAAGAAAACGUCUUCGAAGGUCAAGGAUACACCAUCACCAGCGAUUAGCAAAGGGAGGUCACCAAGUCCCAACAAGUCGAGUUCCGAUGACAGUAUGAAAGAUUCACCAUCUUCCAACCGUUCCUCUGAUACUUCCAUGCCCUCUGUAUCCAUGGUAACACCAAACUCAUCCACAUCGUCAGCCUCCUCUUUCCACGCCCCCUACAGCAUGAAGACCUCUACCCCCGGUGGCGCCGUCCCUCCCCCUCCUCCACAGUUCCCUACUCAUCUUCAUCUCCUCCAAACAAACGCUGAUCACGGAUCGUACGUCAAUGCGGCUGCCGAGAAUACGUACGAAACUGCAGCUCGUCUCUUAUUCAUGUCUGUGAAGUGGGCACGAAAUAUCCCAUCAUUCCUACACCUUCCGUUCCGGGAUCAGGCCAUCUUACUGGAGGAGUCAUGGAAUGAACUGUUCGUUCUCAGCGCAGCUCAGUGGGCAUUGCCCAUUGAUGCAGCUUCUCUUCUGUCUGCUGGUGGUAUGACGACGGAGACACAGACGUCGGACAAGUCAUCGACAGUGUACACGCAGAUUCGGUUGUUGCAGGACGUCAUCGCGAGAUUCAACAACCUCCGAGUGGAUGCUACGGAAUAUGCCUGUCUGAAAGCAAUCGUCCUUUUUAAGUGUGAAACCCGUGGUUUGCGAGAUUCCCUCCAGGUGGAGACACUACAAGACCAGGCCACACUCAUGCUCAGCGAGUACACGUUUACCCAGCAUCCCGCGAGUAAGAUGAGGUUCGGAAAGCUUCUUCUUCUCCUUCCGGCGCUGAGAACAAUUAGUUCCAGAACAAUCGAGGAGAUAUUCUUCCGACGUACAAUCGGCAGUAUUCCCAUCGAGAGGCUGUUGUGUGAUAUGUUCAAGUCGAGUUAAACCAUCUUGAUAAAAACCAUCUUGACAUUCUGGUUGUGGAAAAUAGUGCAGACAAUAUUGUUGAGUUUGACUGCGCAUGCGUUGUUGGAAACGAGUCAAGGUUCAUGUCAUGGCGGCGAAAUGUAGAUCAAGGCAGCCAUGUUGAAAUGGACAUAAGUCACGUGACAAACACGUUCUGAAGUGCAAUUUAUCCGUCUAGUCAUUUGAAUCAUAAUAUAUUUAAGUCUUUGCCAUAUUUUAUUGAUUAUAUUUCAAUGUCCGGUCAUGAACCAUCGAUGUGACGAUUAUUGUUGAUAUCGUGAUGGGUGUCUGUUUGUUAAUGAUAAGUUGUUAUUGGCAACGUGAUGUGUACAUGGUAUAUGUUGUAUGUUGUCGUGUAUAUAGCUUGUACAUAGCCAGUCUCGUGUAAUAAUGUGUAUUAUGAACAGUUGUAUAUAUCAUGUAUAUAGCAUAUCAUGUGGUAUGUAUCACGUGGUCAGUGUGGCCUAAUAUAG